AUGCCAGCCCAACGAAUUAAUUUAAGAGACCUCUCACGCAAGGAUAAGAAACGCUACAAUAUCGAGACCAAGAUAUCUAAACUACAUCAUAAUUUCAUCAACGAUAGAGACAUUCAUUAUAAGGAUCAUCUUACUCAAUUACAGACUCAUUUGACUACUUUGCAUCAAGGUGGCAAUACAAAAUUAAAUAGAAAGAUCAGAGAUUUGGAGGAAGAAAGAGAUUUGGAACUCUGUAGAUUACGUCUCUUUGAAGAAUACAGAGUUUCUCGUUCUGGUAUUGAAUUUCAAGAAGAUAUAGAGAGAGCAAAGGAUGAUCAUGAGAAAUUGGUUAAGAUAUGUAAGGAGAAACUAUACUCCACUAUUGAGAACAAGAUCAAAAAAUUGAAAGAGGAAAGACUAUUAAUGGAUGUUGCUAACGUUCAUUCAUAUUCUAUGGAUUAUAGUAGACCACAUUUUCAAAAGAAUACAAGAAGUCAUACUACAAGUGGUUGGGAAUCGUCACCCAAUGAUUUUGUUAAGGAGUUGGCAAAUGAAAGUGCGACCGACACGGGUACAGAGAGAAGAGCCUUAAGGAGAAGAGGUGCUACUAAGGAUGGCAAAGGAAAAUAUGGAUCCUUUACAACAGGCGGCAGCGGGAAUAAUACAGAUGAGUCUGAUUUCCAAACGGGUUACUCCACUGGUGCAAACCCCACUUCAACAACAGGAUGGAUGGGGGGCCACGGAGGUGCCAAGCAUAACGGAUACAAUACAGAUGCUAAUUCCAAUUCUGACUUCUUUCAAGGUAUUAGUGAUCAUGAAGAGCUACGUGCUUUGUUAUUUGGUGAAAAAGUGCAAUCAGAAAAGCCUGAAAAUAAGAAGAAGAGAACUUCACAAAGAUACUCCACCAAAUCUGCCCCACCAUUGCAGUCUUUGAAUAUGGAUGAAGUUACAGAAGACAUUGCUUUGUUAAGACAAUUAACUGGAAGACCACCUGCUCCUUUUAAGGUAAAGGAAACCACUGAUUAA